CCAUUCAGAAAAAGGAAAAUAAAAGCAACGCACGAGCCCGCCGGCCCGGGCACCGUGGGGCUGGGCUGGAGCGGAGGGAGCCGAGGGGCCGGUUUCUCUUUCUCUCUCACCUGUCUAAUGUCCGCGCUGGAAGGUGACGGUCCCGAGUUCCCCAGAUUUGAGAGAUUUGAAAAGGUGGGACAUAGAGAAUGGAGAUGUCAGCGAUCUCUUUGGAUCUAGAAGGACCUGACAAAGUAACGGAAUAAUUCUAAUUUUAGAGAAGCUUUAGUCCUCAUGCCGGGAUGGCGGAAGAUAAACCUGAUGUUAAAAGCCCCAGGGUUGGGGCAAGGCCCCAAGGUGGUGCUGAAGCGGGGGAACCUACCACCCUUCUUCAAAGGCUCCGAGGUACCAUUUCCAAGGCCGUGCAGAACAAAGUCGAGGGAAUUCUGCAAGAAGUACAGAAGUUCUCUGACAACGACAAGCUCUAUCUCUACCUUCAGCUCCCUUCAGGGCCCAGCAUUGGCGAUAAAAGCUCCGAGCCGAGCAUACUUAGCAAUGAGGAGUAUAUGUAUGCCUGUAGGUGGAUCCGCAACCACCUGGAAGAGCACAUGGAUACCUGUCUGCCAAAGCAAAGCGUCUAUGAUGCCUAUCGAAAGUACUGUGAGAGUCUUGCCUGUUGCCGCCCACUCAGCACAGCCAACUUCGGUAAAAUCAUCAGAGAGAUCUUCCCUGACAUCAAGGCCCGAAGACUUGGUGGUCGGGGCCAAUCCAAGUAUUGCUACAGUGGCAUCCGAAGGAAGACCUUGGUGUCUAUGCCACCAUUGCCUGGACUUGACCUAAAGGGUUCUGAGAGUCCAGAAAUGGGCCCAGAAGUAACCCAAGCACCUCGGGAUGAACUGGUAGAGGCAGCCUGUGCCCUGACUUGUGACUGGGCAGAGCAGAUCCUGAAACGGUCCUUCAGUUCCAUAGUUCAGGUCGCCCGCUACCUACUACAGCAGCAUCUCAUCUCUGCCCGAUCUGCACAUGCUCAUGUGCUUAAGGCUGGGGGGCUUGCUGAAGAAGAAGAGAGAGCCCCUCGGGAACGGUCAUCAUAUAAAUCCAAGAAUGGCGUAGAAAACCUGGAAGGUGGAGGCCCCAAGAAGCCGGAGAGACCAGCCCAGCCUCCUAAGGAGCUGGAAGCCCGAGCUGGAACUGACACCCCAGGUCGUGGAGAACGGAAGAAGAGUGUAGUUGACAGCUCAGCGCCCGCAGCCAGUAAGCCACAAGUUAAUGCCCUCGUGGCCCGACUGCCCGUGCUCCUUCCCCGAGCACCACAGUCACUUAUUACACCCAUUCUGGCUCCCAAGCUUUCUUCAGGCACUCUGAAAGUAGCUACAUUGCCUCUGCCCACUAGGGUUGGGGGACCCCAGGCAGCUGUGCCCAUCAUUAACAUGAUCUUACCACCUGUUCCUGCUUUAUCAGGGGCUGGGGCUAGAAUUGGGCCUGGGCUUGGGCCAGGGCCUGGGCUUGGGGCUGGGCCUGCGCCUGGGCCUGCACCUGGGCCUGCACCUGGGCCUGCGCCUGUGCCUGGGCCUGCGCCUGGGCCAGGGCCUGGGCCUGGGCCUGGGGCUGGGCCUGGGGCUGGCCGAGUUCCACCUAGGACACUUCUUCUGCCUCGAGGCACAGAGAACAGGGAGGUAGUGAUAAGUGGUGACCCACGACCCCAUGACAAGGGUAUCAAAAGGACAGCGGAAGUGCCUCUGAGUGAGGCCAGUGGGCAGGACCCACCGGUUAAAGAAGUGAAGCAAGAGGCAGAGGCCACAGUGAGGGAGGCGAAAAGGAAGCGGGGACGCCCUCGAAAAAAGCCAGGCGGGAGUGGGGAGAGGAAUGCUACUCCGGAGAAGGCUGCAGCCGCAGCUGCUGUGAACUCUCCCCGGUCUCCGAGGUUACUCUGGGAGACAUGGAGCUCCAAAGGAGAAAACAACUUAGUUGGGAGACCAGAAAGACUAGGGCCAUUGGGUGACGCCAAGCAGGAGACAGUGCCUACUCGAGGUCAGGAAGAUGGUGCUGUUUCCAAAGGAGAAAGGAGCCUGAGUUCCCAGCGAGCCAAAGAAGCAGAAGAUAAAAUUCCUCCCAUCACCUCAAAAGUGAGUGUUAUCAAGGGCGGAAUUCCAAAGGAGGCCCUUUCGUUGGUAAAGGGAGAGGCUGACACCACAACACAGGGUAACAAAGGGUUAAAGGGUCGUGGACUUCAGAGUUCCCUAGCCCAGGAGCAUAAAGACCCCAAAGCAACACCCCCAUGAUAGAUAGCUCUGUGGGGAAGAAUGGCUAUGUUCAUUUGAGCUCACCCUGCCUGCCUGGUAGAGGCCUUCACUGCACCUGCUUCUCAUUCAGCUAGUCUUUCCCUAAAGGAGCCAUUGGCCUGCCUUGUAUAGUGCCUGGCAGCUGCUUCAGACCUGUCCAGCUCAAUCCCUUGGCUUUAACACAACCAGUAAAUUAUAAUGACCUUCCCACCUAGAUCCCUGUGCUCUCCUGGGGGAAAUAGAGAUAGGGUAAAUGUGAAUGUAGGUUAGGGCUAUUCUGGCUUCCAAUCCUAGAAAACUUAGAACUCACUUAAGACAAAAGCUGUUAAUUGGCUUAUGAAAUUGGAAAGUCAAGAGGUGUACUGGCUCCAGGUGAGGCUUGAUCUGAUCGCUCAUACGCGUCUCACGGCCUCACCUACUGUAAAACCAGCCUUAGUUUGGACCAUUCACAGCUGCCAGCGCUCCAAGGACUGCGUUUGCCCAGUAUAUCGAAGCAGAAAGAAAGGGGAUCACUGUGCCAGGAGUCCUAGCAAAAGCCCAAAGAUUUACCAUGAGGAAACCAGCCUGGCUCAGGUCUAUUCUUGACCAACAAGUGUGGCCAGGAAGAUGUGUAUGCUAAUGUGUUUAUUAUACAUCAUGGACCAGCUUUGGAAAAAGGGUGGAAUUGGCCUUCUCACACCAGACUCCCCAGAUGGAGACUUGGGGUGGAGGGUGGAGAGUGGCUGCCGGAAGUGUGUCUUAGCUUCCCAGGCUAGUGAGCCUAGGAAGGUGAGCUAGACGGCUGCCUUUUCCCUGAGUCUUGCAUUUCUCUCACUGUGGCGGUGACAUUAUCUCAUUGUAGUCUGGGAAGGACCGAGAAGGAAGCCAUUCUCUUGAGAGUCUCUUUCUUCUCAGGACAGCUUUCCCACUGUCUCACGGACGGCUCCUUCAAUGGUCUGACUCUGACUCUCUGGGUCCCACUCCCUACCACCAGUCCAGGAAAGCUAGCCCGAGGUCACUUCAGUCUGCAGCCACCAGGUGUCAGUCCCUUGUCAGGACCGUGUGGGGUCAGGCUCGAUUAGCCCAGGAGGUGGUACCGAUUCUGUAAGUCAGGGAGCACCAGGGGACAGACAGAUCCAGACACUCCACAUGUAUCCUUGGGGACAGCAGGAAACCAGCCCAUAUUAACUGAGGGCUACUCUGUCCUCUCCACAGGAUAGUUUCUUGUCAGGGAAUCUUGGUUUUUUUUCCCAAGAAAUACAGGUUUUCUUUCAGGGAGAUAACACCCAUUUAUUUCCACAAGAGCAGAUUUUUUUUAAAUUAUAAUAAUAUUUGAUAUCUAUAGAGAAAUAUUUACUAUAAAUUAUGAAAUUCAAUGAGUACCUAUGACCCAUCAUUCAACUUAUACAUUAAAACAUUAAAAAUUCUAUUAGGUUAUACCCCCUUCCCUGCCUCUUCUUAGAGGUAACCACUGUCUUUAAUUUUAUGCUCAUUAAUUGCUUGUUUAUGUAUAUUGGCCAUGUGUGUAUAUAUUCUUUAAGAAUGUAUUAUUUUGUUUUGCUUGUAUUUCAGCUUUACAAAAAUGUUGUACUCUGUUAGUCCCUUGAGGUUUGCUCUUUUGCACUUACCAUUGUUUCUAAGAUUCAUCGAUGUUGUAAUAGCUGAUUCAUUCAUUUGCAUCUGUAUAAUACUGCAGCAAAUACAUACAACACAACCGACUUAGCCAUUCACCUACUGAGUAACAUUGGGCUGUUCCCAGGCUUUUGUUAUUAUACACAAUGCUGCUAUGAACAUUCUUGUAUAUGAGUGCCUUUGUUUUUAGUAAGAUUUCUAAAGAGGUUUCUAAGAUGGUCCUGGACGGUCCUUUUGGUCUGUGUACCCUCUGAGUUGGGGACUGUUGCCUCUUGUCUUACUUUAUGGAAGAGUUUACAUCAUAUUGAAAUGAACUGGUCUUGAAUGUUUGAUAAAACUCACCUAUAAAGCCA